AUGACUUGGAUUGAGCAAAUACAAAACUGUCCGACACUUCCGGCGCCCAAAAAUGGUCACUUAAUUAUGAGAAACGGAAGUUUUGCAUAUUAUAGCUGUUGUAUGGAUUAUGUGUUCGAAGACACCAAACAAACGGACAAAUUGUGUACAGCCUUUAUAUACUUGUAUUUUAAUAAGAAUAAAGGAAAAGAACUAUCGAUGAGUUCAUCGCUUAUUCUCUCAAACGAAUCAAAUGUAUUGUUCAGUCGAUCCGACAAAGAGUCAGAUUCUGAUGGCAACUAUAUUUCAGACAUUAUGAUUCCCAUCGUCUUAAUGAUUGCAUUAUUGGUCGGAAAUGCAGUCAUUGUUUGGGUUUUGUUUAGAUUAAAAAGACGACAGAAGAGAGACGACAAGACAAUUGAAUCGACGGUUCCGUUAAAUUCUGGGUCGUGUCCGCAGACCAACACAAUAGAGAGCAGCGAAUGGCAGAUAGAAUCGGAAUUGAGAGACAACGGUUUGCAGACAAUAGAGAGCAGCGAAUGGCAGAUAGAAUCGGAAUUGAGAGACAACGGGUAA